GUGAGCAGUUGGACGGAUUCAGGGGCGGAUAAGUGGCGGUGAAGAAGGGGGUGCUCUGGUGCCGCUACGAAAUGGCUGGACAGCAGUUUCAGUACGACGACAGUGGCAACACAUUUUUCUACUUCCUUACGUCCUUCGUUGGUUUAAUCGUCAUCCCAGCAACAUAUUAUCUCUGGCCCCGGGAUCAGAAUGCGGAGCAAUUACGGUUGAAAAGCUUGAGAAGGGUUCACGGAAGAUGUCUGUGGUAUCGCCUCCGUCUUCUGAAAUCACAGCAGAGCAUUGUCCCAACACUAAAAAAGGCAGCCCUGUUGUUUGGCUGGGCAGUAUUUAUCUUCCUGGCCUAUAAGGUGUCUAAAUUAGAUCGCGAGUACCAGGAGUAUAACCCCUAUGAGGUGCUAAAUCUGGAAGCGGGGGCAUCUGUGGCAGAGAUUAAGAAACAAUACAGAGUGUUGUCACUAAAAUACCAUCCUGACAAGGGCGGCGAUGAGGCCACGUUCAUGAAGAUCGUGAAGGCGUACUCGGCCUUGACCCAUGAGGAGGCACGGAAGAACUGGGAGACCUAUGGCAACCCUGAUGGCCCUAGAGUCACAAGCUUUGGAAUCGCUCUCCCGGCAUGGAUUGUUGAUCAGAAGAACUCAAUGCUGGUGCUACUGGUGUACGGACUGGCGUUUAUGGUCAUUCUUCCUGUGGUUGUGGGUACAUGGUGGUACCGUUCCAUCCGUUACAGUGGCGAUCAGAUCCUCAUUAACACGACCCAGCUCUUCAUGCACUUUAUGUACAAAACGCCCACAAUGAACAUGAAGCGAUUGGUGAUGGUGUUGACGGCAGCAUUUGAAUUCGACCCACGUAGCAACAAGGAGGCUAUUAUAAGGCCAACGGACAACAUCGAGGUUCCACAGCUGAUUCGGGAGCUGGGGAACAUCAACGUGAAGAAGAAGGAGCCUCCCUUCUGCUACCCCUACAGCCUGAAGGCCCGUGUGCUCGUGCUCACACACCUUGCCCGCAUGGAGGUGUCCGAGACCAUCGAAGAGGACCAGAGGUUCGUGGUGAAGAAGUGUCCUGCCUUGCUGCAGGAGAUGAUCAACGUGGGCUGCCAACUCACCAUGAUGGCGACCAGCAGAGGAGGUUUCCGGGCCCCCAGGCUGACCUCCAUAGAGAACUGCAUGAAGCUGACACAGAUGGCGGUUCAGGGCCUGCAGGAAGCCAAGUCUCCCCUGCUGCAGUUGCCCCAUUUUGAGGAGGAGCACCUCCGCUACUGCAUCUCCAAAAAGUAUAAGGUGCGGACCCUUGAGGACUUGGUGAGUCUGAAGGACUCGGACCGGAGGAACAUGCUGAGGUUUCUGGGAGAGGAGAAGUAUGACGAAGUCAUGGCAGUGCUCGGAAGCUUCCCCAGCAUUACCAUGGAAACUAAACUUCAAGUGCUGGAUGAUGAAGACAGCAAUAACAUCACAGCGGGGUCCAUUGUCACGGUUACGGUCACCUUGACGCGGAAGAGAAUGUCUGAGGUCUUUGAGAAGGGGCAGGACACUCAAACACCUACAGAGGAGACUGUCACUGAGGAGGUGCAAGGUGAUGCCACAAAAAACAAGCCCAAAGUUUGGCAGAACAAGAAUAAAGGAGCAAAGAAGGCUGCCAAGUCCAAAAAGAAGAAGCUGACGAAGAAGAGGCCAGUCUCCCAGCAGCAGGGCAAGGGAGACAAAGCCAAACAGGCCAAUGGCAACGUGGCAGGAACCGAAGUGACCGCAGCAACGAAAGAGGAAGAGGAGGAGCUAUCUGACAAAGGCAGCGAAUCAGACGAGGUGGAAGGGAACAAGGACUCGCCCAGUGAGAGAGAUGAGGAAAGCGACAAACAGAGUGAUGCAGAGGCAGACGAGGUCACUGGAGAUGACGAGGAGCAGGAGUGGGAGGCUCUACAGCAGAGCAUCCAGCGACGGGAUCGGGCACUUCUGGAGACGAAGUCUAAGAUCACGCACCCCGUCUACAGCCUGUGCUUCCCGGAGGAGAAGCAAGAAUGGUGGUGGUUGUACAUCGCCGACCGCAAGGAGCAGACACUGGUGUCCAUGCCCUACCAUGUCUGCACGCUCAAAGACACCGAGGAGGUUGAGCUGAAAUUCCCUGCUCCAUCUAAAAUGGGGAACUAUCAGUAUUCAGUGAUUCUCAGAUCAGACUCCUAUAUGGGAUUAGAUCAGAUCAAGCCCCUGAAGCUGGAAGUGCAUGAAGCGAAGGCCAUACUGGACAACCAUCCGCAGUGGGACAUCCCAGAGACCGAGGAAGAGGAUGAGGACCAAGAAGAGAGCGACGGCAUCGAAGAGUCUGAGGAAGACGACGAAGACAAUGACUAAUCUGGCCAACACAUAUGAACUUGAACUUGGUUCACACACACACACACACACACAGCAGAAAACCACCACUACACAGUGCAAGUUCAGAUGUGACAUUUAAGUGGUUUGGACUCAGAUGCCCCUUGCCCCAGUUACACACAUGCGCGCACACAGUUAUGUUGCUCACGUCCAUUCACUGAACAUGUGGGACGGUUUAUUUUUCUUUCUCUUAUUUUCCUCAAUUUUGUGUUGCGUUAUUUUACCCCCCCCCCCCCCAAAAAAAGUGCCGUCUGUUUGUUCCUGCGGCAUCCCUGAUGGCCAUCUGCCCCAGCACAGGUGUUUGAUCGACUGCCAUUUAACACAAAUAAACAGACUGCUUCCCCCAAAAUCCAAACACCUCACGAUCAUCAUUUAUAAAUUCUUCAGCGUUAUCUGUGUUGUGGGUAUUUCCUUCCUUAAUGUCUUUUGUAGGGAAAACGUUCCAGAAAAGAGUCCUCUGCAUGCUGUGUUGUGGUGUGAGCUGGACCCGAAUAUGGCUGCAGAGCCACGGGUGGGAUGGUCCCGGGCAGUAAUGCACACGGUACUGCAGGGGUAUAUAUUAACCGUGCAUCUCAUUUUUGUUCUAGCUGAAGGAGGCUUGAGUUUUGGCCCUUUCUGUGGCAUUCCUUGUCCUUACACGUGUAGUUCUACCCCCUUUUCUCACAAGUGACUGACAAUUACACACACUCCACAAACGGAUCUACAGGGCAGCCUAGCCUUGAUCUUUCUCAGUUUUAGCCUAAAUACACAUCUCUGUAAAAUCACAGGCAGAUGUGGUUGCUGUUUUCAUAUUGCUUUUCCUUCCUAUGCAUUAGUGAGAAUAAUUCUUUCUUUCCUUUGCCUUUGAGAUUCAGUGCGGCUAAAGAUAAUUGAAAUAUUCUGAAUGUUCCAAAUCAAUGUUAAUGAAUUUAACUGCUGUUUUAGGUAAAGAAGGUGCUCCUCUUGUCCUCAAGGCACUGCAAAAUGUCAUUAAUGGCACCGUGUCCUGAGCUCAGUACCCCGGGUAGUAUGAAAUGCUAGGAUUUAAACCAACUCUGUUGAAUAGGUGGUCCUGCAGUGAAAUACAAAUGAGACAAAUGGUAGUAAAUUCAAACAGAUAUCUGGUGGUUGGAUAGCUCAGAGAAACUGCAAGACUUGUAUUGGUUUUUCAAAGUAAUAUGACUUUUUUUCUUCAUUUUCUUUUCUGACAUUUGUCACAAAUAGGCACAAAGGAUGAUGCUUUCAGUUUAGAUUAAAAUUAAAUUUUCAAUGUAUUUUUGUAUUUAGUUCACAUUCCAUUUAUGUGAAAUGCCUUACUGGCCUUGCAAAGUAUGAUGCUCAUCCCUUUUAGAAGUUUAGUCUGUGCAAAUAGAUAUUUUUAUGGACAGUUUGCUUUGUGUUCUCCAUGGGCACAACUGCAUUUCAGCAUUUUGCUUUGGUACCUGGUAGAUAACCAACCAAUAGAAUUGAAUACCUUCAGAAUGGGGAUGGAGAUUGUUUUGCCAUUUCCUGUUUUAUUAGUGGAAGUUCUUCACUACAUUGUUGAUUUCAAGUCUGUAAUGAAUAGGCAAUGUUAAACCAUCAUAGUUGAUUUUAAAGCCAGUUGUCUAUAAAAGAGCAAUCUUUUUGAAUUCAAUUAAGAUUAUGUACCUAGUGGGUUAUUUCUAUGACCAGAUGGCUGCACUUGAGUUUUUAUUGCUGCCUUAUUAAAUGGUUUGAAAUUACAGCUUUUAGUGCUUUAGUCAGAGACUAGUGUAAUUACUGGAAGAGGUUUUUCCCCUCCCUUUUUAGGGUUUUGCUACUUUUGGGAGAAGACACUUUUGUCCAUUUUUGGCAACUCCUUUUUUCCCCCCUUCCUUUGAUUGUUUAGAUUUCGUUGUGUUUGAAGAAAGUACUAGUGAGGGCUGUUGUUGAAUAGGCUGAGAUGGCUUAUUGCCUCGUGGUUUCCAAGUCAAAUGUGUGGUCUGCUUAAUGUCAGUGGGAUGAUUAAGCCCAGUAAAGCCCCUUGUCGAGGCUGUGACAUGACUAAGUUGUGCUAUGUAGAUUACUAAUGGGGCUGGAUGUCCUCGAGUUGCCAUCAGGCCCUUUUUAAAGACCUUUAGUCUUCCGGUGGGCUUGAUUAGUUUUGAUCCCCUUUAUAAAAGUGUUUUUCAGUGGAGGUUUUUACUUUAUGGGGCAUGGAUUAGCAAGGUGUUAAAGGCUGCUGUGACACUUGUAGAAAGACUCGGGUCUGUUCACAAGGGGAGAUGAAUUGGACAUUCUGCAGAUGGGCGAGAAACUCAUGGACUAUAGAGAUGUGUAUUGAAUAUAAUCUUUCAUGUAAUCUCUAGUUUAUUUUUUUCUGUUAUGAAUUUGUCACUGAAAGUACAAGACUUGUGGAAUCUGAGUGACAUAUGUAUGUAUUUUAGACUUCUGAUUGGAAAUUAGCAAACUCUUUUGGUAGCCAAUCUUGAUUUUAACAUUUUAUUUCAUCUGGAUUUGCAUUAGCCUUAUCUUAAUGCUAGCUGUGUCUUAAGAGAGAAAGGGUUGGAUAUUGGCUGCAUGUAACACAUAAAUGAUGCUGCACCAAACUAGAUGUUUUACCAGUUGGGCAGUCAGUCAUUGUUAGUAUUAUAGACCUUCAAAAGAGUGUAGCAUCAGUUAGAAUGCUAUGUAUAAAAAGCUGUGAUUU